UUUUUGUAUCAACAGCCGCCAUCUUGUCGCGGCUCGGAAUCGGGAUUUUGGGAGAGCGUAAUAUUUUUUAAUUUUGAUCCGGGCAAUUCAAACCGAUGUGAAGCCCCUUCAUUCUACUAAAAAUAACUGGAUCUUUUGCCGUCGAGCGGAUUUUUCGCGAAAAGGGGAGGAUUGGGUCGGUUUUCGUCGGCUAGAAGCCUCCUGUGUAUCUGAUUUCCCCUUCAGAAAACGCCGCUUCGCUACAUAUCAGCGUUAUAUGCUGUAUUGUGUGCUGGGAGACAGCGGCGAAGACGCUAAAAUUCACCUCAAAAUCCACAUUUCGCCAGUCGCGCUUUUUAUCCGAGGCACAGAUGGAAUUUGUGCUAAUUAAAUUGGACUCGCCGAAAAACGCUGGUUAAUCUGCCUCGAAAACGACUUUGGAGGCAGGGAACUGGGUGGUGUCUGUAUAUGAUUUUUUUCUAUUUUAUGCUUUAAUUUUUUGACGCGAAAUAUUUUCCACCGAGGGUAAUUAUUAGUGAUAAUAAUGUGGGUGUUGGGUGUUGGAUUAACAUGGGGUGAAUGGCGAAGGCGAAGCGUGGCGCUGUUGCUGCUUUUUUGAAACCCUUUUUGCAGCCUAGCCCUCCUGCUAGCUAGCCGUUUCUUAUAAAGGGAGUGUGUGGAGAAAUAAGUGAGCUUUUCUUCUUCCUUACCUGUUUCGCUGAAAAAAAUAUUAAUUUCGGUUGAGAUAAUUCGCUAACAUGGCGGAGAAAGUGGACGUCGGACCUCCCAACGCGAAGCGGCAGAAGCUGAAUUCACCUGCGCUCUCCGCCUCGGAUGGUCCAGACUUUGGAUCUUUCUUUGACCUGGAGAAUGACCUUCCGGAUGAGCUCAUCCCCAACGGCAGCGACCUAGGCCUGAUGAGCAUGUCAUCCAACGGUGGCGGUGGCCUGGGUGGCAUGGUUCCGGAUGCAGCCUCUAAGCACAAGCAGCUGUCGGAGCUCCUGCGGGCAGGGAGCAGCUCCAGCCUGGGCCCAAGCCUUGGCUCUAGCAGCCCCCAACCAGGAAUGGGGGUCCAGCUGGGUGCACUGGGCAAGAGCCCCCUUGGCCAGGGUUCACCCAGCCACCCUUCCCAGGCACAGAAGCAGGCGCCUGCUGCCCCACCAGGCAGCCAGGGUAAUGGUGGCUUGGGGCUCACAGCCUUCAACCAAGCCAUGAUGAACAGCGGCCAGAACCACGGCGUCUUGGGCCAAGGCGCGCAGCCCCCGCAAGGGCCCCUGAUGAACGGGAGCCUGGGUGGAGCUGGCCGUGGCCGGGCAACGCCAGGCCUGCAGUACCAAGGUCCGGUCGGAGGUGGGGUUGGCGUCAGCGGCGCGGGCAGUGCGCUGGCGGAGACUCUCACCCAGGGUGCACCGCAGAUGGGAGUGCAUUCAUCCAUCAAUGCUCAGCCUGCUGGAAACAUGAACAAGAUGGGCCUUGGAGGGAACAGUGCCCCCUUCGGGCAGCCCUAUGGACAGAGCGCAGGACAGCAGCUUGUGGGCACAGGGGUCACCGGUGUCGGCUCCCAGCUCCAGACCAAGUCCCCGCUCCCUAACAGCCUGUCCCCCUUUCCAGCUGACCUCAAGGGUGCUGCCAGUGUGGCAAACCUGCCCCAGCAACAGGUUCCCCCCGCCGGCAUGGUGGCAGGCCCCUCAGCCGACCCGGAGAAGCGCAAGCUGAUCCAACAGCAGCUGGUGCUCCUGCUGCAUGCCCACAAGUGCCAGCGGCGCGAGCAGGCUAACGGGGAGGUUCGGCCGUGCUCCCUGCCCCACUGCCGCACCAUGAAGAACGUGCUGAACCACAUGACCCACUGUCAGGCCGGCAAGUCCUGCCAGGUGGCGCACUGUACCUCCUCUCGACAGAUCAUCUCGCACUGGAAGAACUGCACGCGGCAUGACUGUCCGGUUUGCUUGCCGCUUAAGAACGCGAGUGACAAACGGAGCCAGCAGCCCAUGCUAGGUUCUCCCGGGACGGGCCUGCAGAACUCCAUCGGCCCAGUGGGCCCAGGCCAGACCAGCGCCCCCACUAUGAGUGGCUCCACGCCCAUUGACCCCAGUUCAAUGCAGAGAGCGUACGCCGCAUUGGGCCUGCCCUACAGCAACCAACCGCCUGCGCAGUCUCAGCCACAGACACCUGGCCAGCAGACUGCACAGGCGCAGCAGCACCAGCAGAUGCGGUCCAUCAGUGCCAUGGGCACCGGUCAGAUGACUCUGGGAGGUGGGGACUCGGAUCACUCAGAUGCCGGUCUGCCCCCGUCACUCAGCAAUCCCUCUCAGCUGGUUCCAGAUGGAUCAGGUGUUGGGAACAUGGGGAACCUGCCCACCGCGGCGCCGCUGUCAGCCACGGGCGUGAGGAAGUCCUGGCAUGAGCAUGUCACUCAGGAUCUACGCAACCAUUUGGUGCACAAACUUGUUCAAGCCAUCUUCCCCACCCCGGACCCGGCUGCCCUAAAAGACCGACGGAUGGAGAACCUGGUGGCCUACGCCCGCAAGGUGGAGGGCGACAUGUAUGAGACAGCCAACAGCAGGGAUGAAUAUUACCACUUUCUGGCAGAGAAGAUUUAUAAGAUCCAGAAGGAACUGGAAGAGAAGAGGCGGUCACGGCUCCAGAGGCAGCCCCACAUGGUCCCCCAGGGCGGCCAGCAGCCGGGCCUCCCCCAGCCCAGUGCACAAGGCCCUGCGCAAGCCAGCCGGCCCAAUGGACCCGUGCCUAUACCCAACGUGCCAAACCAGAUCAUGAAUCGCAUGCAGAUUUCACAAGGGCUCAAUCAGUUCAACCCCAUGACGAUGCAGAACAUGCAGAUGAACCAGCCGCCAAUGGGCUCUCGUGCCUCCUCACCCAUGAACCACCCGGUUCAGAUGAACAUGAGCUCUGUUCCCCCGUUGGCAAUGUCGCCUUCUAGGAUGCCUCAGCACCAAAGCAUGAUGGGAAACCAUGCCAACAACAUGGUGGGGCAGACGGCCAGCCAGGCCCAGUUCAUGCCCCAGACUCAGUUCCCCCCGGCCAGCGGGACCAUGAAUGUGAAUGUAGGCCUCGGCCAAUCAGUGGGCCAGGCUGCUGUGACACAGCCGCCGCAGUCUGGUGUUAACCUCCCUGUGAAUCCCCUGGGCAAUCUGGGCCCUUUACGCUCCACACCACCCACCCCCACCUCCACGGCGACUAACCUGCAGCUGCUCCAGCACCCUGCCCCUCUGCAGAGCCAGCCCUCUACCCCAGUGCCUCAGGCCUCGACCCCCGUCCCCAUGCCCAGUGCCCUCCCUGGCCCAACACAGGGCACCCCUCCCGGCUCCGCCCCGUCCCAGCCACACACCCCACAGCCGGAGCCCUCUGUGCCGCCUCAGCAGCCCACCCCCGUGCAGCCCCAGCCCCCCAGCACUCCGGCAGCCGCUAGCGUCGACCACUGUGUGCCCACGCCGGCCUCUGUGGCCGAGGCGCACUCUCAGCAGGCCCUGCCUGACCUGCCCCCCACCGAGGCCAAGCCCGAGCCAAGGCUCGAGGAGCAGGACUACAAGCCGGGCAAGACGGAGCCCAGUUCUGAGCACGAGGAGGAAACAAGGUCCCUCUCAGGGAAGGUCAAGGAGGAGCCAGAUGGCAUGGAGCUCAAGCAGGAGCCCAUGGAGGUGGAUGAGAAGAAACCGGACAUCAAGGGGGAACCGAAGGAGGAGGAGGAGGGCGGCGCCAACGGCUCUGCUGCUUCCGCCUUCCCUUCACAACCCCGCAGAAAGAUCUUCAAGCCCGAGGAGCUGCGACAGGCACUAAUGCCCACUUUGGAAGCCCUGUACCGCCAGGACCCCGAGUCACUGCCAUUCCGGCAGCCUGUGGACCCCACGGUGCUGGGUAUACCGGACUACUUUGACAUUGUGAAGAACCCCAUCGACCUGUCUACCAUCAAGCGCAAGCUGGACACGGGCCAGUACCAGGAGCCCUGGCAGUACGUGGACGACAUCUGGCUCAUGUUCAACAACGCCUGGCUCUACAACCGCAAGACCUCGCGUGUCUACAAGUACUGCUCCAAGCUGGCCGAGGUCUUCGAGCAGGAGAUCGACCCAGUCAUGCAGAGCCUGGGCUACUGCUGUGGCAGAAAGUACGAGUUCUCCCCACAAACGCUGUGCUGCUAUGGCAAACAGCUAUGCACCAUUUCCAGGGACAGCACCUACUACAGCUACCAGAACCGGUAUCACUUCUGCGAGAAGUGCUUCAACGAGAUCCAGGGCGAUAGUGUCACCCUGGGGGACGAUCCCGCACAGCCGCAGACUAUGAUAUCGAAAGACCAGUUUGAGAAGAAGAAGAAUGACAUGCUGGACCCAGAACCGUUCGUUGAAUGUAAAGACUGUGGACGUAAGAUGCACCAGAUAUGUGUGCUGCAUUACGAGGUGAUCUGGCCCUCAGGCUUCAUCUGUGACAACUGCUUGAAAAAGUCCGGUAAAUCCCGAAAGGAGAACAAGUUUGUGGCCAAGAGGUUGCAGACGACCAGACUCGGAAUGUACAUAGAGGACCGAGUGAACAAGUACUUGAAAAGACAGAACCACCCGGAGGCCGGCGAGGUCUUUGUGCGAGUGGUGGCCAGCUCUGACAAGACGGUGGAGGUCAAACCCGGCAUGAAAUCCAGGUUCGUGGACACAGGAGAGAUGUGCGAAAGCUUCCCAUACAGAACCAAAGCACUUUUCGCAUUCGAGGAAAUUGACGGCGUGGACGUCUGCUUCUUCGGCAUGCACGUCCAGGAGUAUGGGUCGGAUUGUCCGUUUCCCAACACGCGACGGGUCUACAUAUCCUACCUUGACAGUAUUCACUUCUUCAAGCCACGGGUGCUGCGGACUGCAGUGUAUCACGAAAUACUCAUCGGGUAUCUGGAGUACGUCAAGAAGCUCGGAUAUGUAACGGGGCACAUCUGGGCCUGCCCCCCCAGUGAAGGGGAUGAUUAUAUCUUCCACUGUCACCCACCUGACCAGAAGAUCCCCAAACCCAAGCGUCUGCAGGAGUGGUAUAGGAAAAUGCUGGACAAAGCCUACGCUGAGAGGAUUCUCCAUGAUUACAAGGACAUCUUCAAGCAGGCAACUGAGGAUCGUCUGACUAGCGCCAAGGAACUGCCCUACUUCGAGGGGGACUUCUGGCCGAACGUGCUGGAGGAGAGCAUCAAGGAGCUGGAGCAGGAAGAGGAGGAGCGCAAGAGGGAGGAGAACAGCACCUCCUGUGAGACGCCAGAGGGCACGCCAGCCGACAGCAAGAACGCCAAGAAAAAGAACAAUAAGAAAACUAACAAGAACAAGAGCAGCAUUAGUCGAGCCAACAAGAAGAAGCCUGGGAUGCCGAAUGUAGCCAACGACCUGUCCCAGAAGCUGUAUGCCACCAUGGAGAAGCACAAGGAGGUGUUCUUCGUGAUCCACCUUUACUCAGGACCUGUGAUCAACACGCUGCCGCCAGUCAUGGACCCGGACCCGAUGCUGACGUGCGACCUGAUGGACGGGCGCGACGCCUUCCUGACGCUGGCGCGCGACAAGCACUGGGAGUUCUCCUCGCUGCGGCGCUGCAAGUGGAGCACCAUGUGCAUGCUGGUGGAGCUGCACAACCAGGGCCAGGACCGCUUCGUCUACACCUGCAACGAGUGCAAGCACCACGUGGAGACGCGCUUCCACUGCACCGUCUGCGAGGAUUACGACCUCUGCGUCGGCUGCUACAAUACUAAGGGUCACGAGCACCAGAUGGUCAAGUGGGGCCUGGGCCUGGACGACGACAGCAAUGGCCAGGGGGCCGAGGCCUCCAAGAACCCGCAGGAGAGCCGCCGCCUGAGCAUCCAGCGCUGCAUCCAGUCGCUGGUGCAUGCCUGCCAGUGCCGCAACGCCAACUGCUCGCUGCCAUCCUGCCAGAAGAUGAAGCGUGUGGUGCAGCACACCAAGGGCUGCAAGCGCAAGACCAACGGUGGCUGCCCCGUCUGCAAGCAGCUCAUCGCGCUCUGCUGCUACCAUGCCAAGCACUGCCAAGAGAACAAGUGUCCCGUGCCCUUCUGUCUCAACAUCAAGCACAAGCUGCGGCAGCAGCAGCUGCAGCACCGCCUGCAGCAGGCGCAGAUGAUGCGGCGGCGCAUGGCUGCCAUGCAGGGCCGCAGCACGCCCCUGACCUCCUCUCCUCCCUCGGUGGCCGCGCCCAGCACCCCCACCUCAAUGCAGCAGGCGAACACGCCUCAGACGCCCCAGCCCCUCCCGACCUCGGCCGCCCCGCCGCUACCCCCUAAUGCUGCCGGCACCAUGACGCCAAACUUCCGCGGCAGCCAGCCCCCGACCCCCGUGUCCCAGGGCAAACCAGGGCCCCAAUCCUCUCCCCUCCACCAGCAGCAAUCCCCGCUUCCACAGCCCCCACAACCCCAGCAGCUGCCGCCUCAGCCUCUGCAGCAGCCUCUGCAGCAACCUCAGCAACAGCCCCCACCGGCGGCUGUGAAAAUGGCCCAGCACAUUGAGCGCGUGGCCCAGGCGCAGCAGGCCCAGCAGCACCAGCAGCCACUGCAGCAAGACUUCCACCUCAACAUGAACGGCCUGCCCAUGAAUCAGGCCCGCAUGCCAGGGCCUAUGCAAAUGGUGGGGCCCCGCGGAACCCCGGUUAUGCAGAGCAUGCAGCAGGUACAGUGGCCACAGGGCCCUCAGGUGGCCAUGCAGAACCCGCAGCAGGUACCCCCACAGCAGGCCCCAAUGCCCCCACAGCAGCCACCGCACAUGCAGCGUCCCGUGAUGCCACAGGGCCCUCGCAUGCAGGCGGGGGUUCCCCCGCAGGGCCUGCCGCCGCAGCAGAUGCAGCAGAGGGGGGGACCAAGCAGCAUUGCUCCCACGGCUCUCCAGGACCUGCUACGUACGCUUAAGUCACCCAGCUCCCCUAAGCAGCAGCAACAGGUUCUCAACAUCCUGAAGGCCAACCCACAGCUCAUGGCCGCCUUCAUCAAGCAGCGGACAGCCAGGUACCAGGCCAGCCAGCCCUCCCAGCAGCAGGCACUGCCUCAGGCCAUGCAUGAGGGCCAACCCAGCAUGCAGAGCAUGCCCCCUAUGCAGGCUGGGCCAGUGCAGAGGCCCGGCAUGCCCCCUCAGCUGCCACCCCAGCAGGCUGCCCAGCAGGGCAUGGGAACCCUCGGGCCACAAGGUCAGAUGAUGAACCCUGGACACAACCCUCAGAUCCAUGAGUUGUACCGACGCCAGCUGCUUCAGCAGAGGAUGCAGCAGCAGCAGCAACAGCAGCAGCAGCAGCAGGGUGGCAUUCCCCAGGCGCUUGGCCAGUUUCCUCAGACGUCCGCAGCCAGUUACUCCCAGCUGCGCAUGCAACAGCAGCAGCAGCAACUGGCCAUGUCACCCAUGGGCCAGGUGAGCCAGGCCAGCAUGGGUAUGGACGGGCAGCCCCUGCUGCACCAACGCCUCAUGCAGCAGCAGCAGCCGCAGCAGCUUCCACCACAGCAGCAGGCCGUGCUGAAACAGCAGAUGGGUCCUGCCGCCCAGCCCAGUCCCAUGAGUCCGCAGGGCCACAUGCUUCCCACCCAGGCCCUGGGCCCUGCAAUGCCCGGUCAGGUGCUGUCGCCCGCCCCCGUGCAGUCACCCUGCCCACCCCCCCAGCAGCCACCACCACCACAUUCCAGCCCCUCUCCGCGCAUGCAGCCGCAGCCCUCCCCCCAGCACGCCCCGCCCCACUCGGGCUCACCCCACCCCGGCCUGGUGGCUCCCAUGCCAACCCCCAUGGAGCAGGCCCACCUGGACGUGCCCGAGCAGAGCGCCAUGCUGCCCCAGCUGAACACGCUCAACCGUGGCGGCCUCGGCAGUGACUUGAACAUGGACCCGACAGGGGACACCCUGGAGAAGUUUGUGGAGAGUCUGUAGUGCCGUAAAUGCAGACACGCCGUCCCGUCCCGCGGCUUUGUGUGGCUCAAGGACGCGUUUGUGUUGAUGUUUGCAAAAAAAAAACUACUACUACAAAAAAAUCAAUUAAUGGAAGAUGAGAAAGAUCAGCUUGGGAAUGUGAAAGUUUCUUACACCGUGGAACUGCUCUUUUCUUCCCUAGCAAUUGAAUUGAAAAAAAAAUUCAAAUUAAGAAUAUAUUUUUGGUUCUGACCGGAUCUGAAAGGAUUGUCCUGUCUGUCUUUCCCUACCCCAGUAUGGACUCAUGCCUUUUUUUUUAAUGAAACUUUACAAAACAGGUAUUUCAUUGUAUUAUUCAUACUUUUUAUUUUGUACCUUUGUGAACUUUAAAGAAUUUUGUGUUAAACUGUAAAAAAAAAAAAUAUCUGGGAAUAAGCCAAGUUUUCCUUUACUUGUGGCAGAUACAUUCUCCCCCCCCCCCCCCCCCCCCCCCCCCAAAAGGAAAAAAAAACCUUUCGAAGGAGCUUUCUUUUCUGUCCUAAUUGUAAAAUCUGUGCGGGAGAUUUGAGUAUUCAUAUGUAUAGAAUUAGAAGGUUGUACACACACAUACACACACACACACACACACACUCACUCUCUCUCUCUCGUUUUCAGAAAUGUACAAUGUACUGGCCAGGAAGCAGAACUUGUCUUGUAAGUUGUAGAGAAUUGCUUUGUUUCAGCUCUGAUCUUUGAAAUUCUGUUGUCAUGGUGAUCCCCAAGGGGACCGGCAAACGGGGAUCACUGCUGGACUGCUGAUUUUUUUGAACGGAGAAUUCUUCUGCUUAGCUGUCCUCAGUCCACUUAAAUGAAACUUGAAUUGAGGUUGAACUGUUCUCUAAUGUAAAUCAUGCAGGUUGUUAAUGCUAUAAAUAUGCGCAAAAAUAAUGAAAUCGCUGUAUAAAAAGAACUCAUUUCUUACUUCUAUACCAUAUUGUUAAAUAAACUGUGUGCCACAGA